AGCUUACACUAUAGUCAUGAAUAAUGACUCAUUGCUGCCGGUACUUUAUUAUUGAGGCAUAUUCAUAUUGGCUUGUAUGCUAGACGUGGGCUGUCACUUUUUUUACAACUUAAUAAAAACGCUCAAUCACACGAUGAAAUUUUCACAUAAAAAAAACCUAGCUGUAAGCCGAGCAUUUUUUACUGAAAAAGUCUAGUGACGAAUGACUGAAUGAGAAUGAUUGUUGGGGAAAAAAUGUUUGAUGUUGUCGUGUUGAUGUCCGUAGUAGCGAUACUCUGCGGUCGAGUGGUGAUAGCAUUUGAUUACCCGGUCCGCCUGGUCGGAGGAGCCAAUAGCUCCGAGGGUCGCGUGGAGGUCCUCAUCAACGGUGUUUGGGGAACUGUGUGCGACGACAGUUGGGGUUUAUCGGACGCGAUGGUCGUCUGUCGUCAGCCGGAUCUGGGUGAAGCAUUGUCAGCUCCUCUAAAUGCGCACUUCGGCCAAGGGAGUGGACCCAUUGUCAUGGAUGACGUCGGAUGCACUGGGUCUGAGACGCAGCUGUAUUCUUGCUCAUUUACAGAGAACCAUAACUGUGGACAUAGCGAGGAUGCAGGAGUAAUAUGCAGCGGUUCAUCGGCCUCCUCGUACCAAGUUCGUCUGGUCGGGGGAGCCACUAGCUCCGAGGGUCGCGUAGAGGUUCUCAUCGGCGGCGUUUGGGGAACCGUAUGCGACGACAGUUGGGGUUUAUCGGACGCGAUGGUCGUCUGUCGUCAGCUGGAUCUGGGUGAAGCAUUGUCAGCUCCUGUAUCUGCGCAAUUCGGCCAAGGGAGUGGACCCAUUGUCAUGGAUGACGUCGCUUGCACUGGGUCUGAGACGCAGCUGUAUUCAUGUUCGUUUACACAGGAACAUAACUGUGGACAUAGCGAGGAUGCGGGAGUAAAAUGCAGCGGUUCAUCGGGUAAUGAUUCACGGGCCUCCUCGUACCAAGUUCGUCUGGUCGGGGGAGCCACUAGCUCCGAGGGUCGCGUAGAGGUUCUCAUCGGCGGCGUUUGGGGAACCGUGUGCGACGACAGUUGGGGUUUAUCAGACGCGAUGGUCGUCUGUCGUCAACUGAACCUGAGUGACGCAGUGUCGGCGCGUGGCUUCGCGCACUUCGGCCAAGGGAGUGGACCCAUUGUCAUGGAUGACGUCGGAUGCACUGGGUCUGAAACGCAGCUGUCUUCCUGUUCAUUUACACAGGACCAUAACUGUGGACAUAACGAGGACGCGGGAGUAAUCUGCGGCGGUUCAUUAGAAUCUGGAACUCUUCGCUUGGUGGGAGAAAAUACGUACGAAGGUCGAGUUGAGGUGUAUCACGAUGGCCUUUGGGGAACCGUCUGUGACGAUGGCUGGGACGUUGAUGAAGCCAACGUGGUGUGUAACCAGCUCGGUUUUCACGGAGCGUCGUCGGCCGAGUCCAACGCGCACUUCGGCUCCGGCAACGGUUCCAUUUUUCUGGACGACGUGGAUUGUGCAGGGGACGAGUCCAGGCUUGUGGAUUGCUCCCACAACGGCUGGCUGGUGCAUGACUGCUCUCAUCAGGAGGAUGCCGGAGUUCGAUGCAACAAAGAAGCCUCCAAGACUCUGUGGUACGUUCUCGGUGGAACUGUAGUAUUUAUCGUUUUAAUUUGCGGCCACAUACACAAGAAGUACAAACAACGUGAGCAGUCGACAUCAGUUACGACGCCAGUACCGACAGCAUGCGCCAGACACCCUCUGUCUACGGGUACCACAUCGACAUGCACCUCAAGUCCACCGGAGGUACCGAGACAGGACAUUACUCCAAGGUUACCAACAAUAAGUGCUGCCGUUAGAACGCCAGAUGAUCAACAGGGGCCGACCAAUGACUACUCUACGUGGGAAACGACGUUUGUGGCUACCGCAGACGACACAGCGCCUGGACAUGACGUCUACACGCCUGCACCACAAACCUCCAUAGAUAACUUGCCGCCGCCACCUUCGUACGACAAUCGUAUGGCGCCUUCGCGAAGAAAUCUCUAUUCGGUAGCAAACUCACAACCAGAAUUAACCCCAGUAGAUGAAUUACCACCGCCUCCCUCAUACGAAGAUGUUAUGGUUGGGAAUUAUCAAGGAACAGUUCAUUUUUGAUUUGGUUUGGUUUCGGUCGGUCGGUCGCGCUGGGCUGGGUUGAUGGUGCCGCCAUCGCCAUACUGUGCUGCCAUCAGUCGCCCACCCUCUGAAAAGUUCAAAAUCUCCUACAGGAAUCGACCGAUCGCGCAAUGAUAUGAUUUCAACGCGAUUGAGUGAUAUCGCAGAUCCACAGAUGGCACCCAACAUCAUUGUUCAGAAAUUAACCGUGGUGAGGACGGAACAAGAUGUUUUAUGAGGGUAAUCUGAUGUACACAAAAUCUACUUCGUUGUUGGCUUUGUAUGACAUAGGAAUCACAUAUAGGCCGAUAGACUGAUAGAAGGCAUUUUUAUUUCAAUGUUGCCAUUUCCACACUAAUGUUACAAUGUCGUGUAAACUUAUUAUACAGAGCAAAAUAUAAUGAAUUAUGUAAUGGUGUAUUAUAACGUACAUGUACAUAGAUCAAUUAUAAU